AUGGGAAAAAACAAAAGCUGCGAUCCCUCUACAAGGAAGACGAUCCUCAAGUUUUAUGGCAAUGGUUGGUCAUAUAGGAAGAUUGCAGAUCAUUUAGGAUGCUCUAAAGAUAUGGUUAUGAAUGCUAUCCGGCAUCUUAAGAACUUUAAUACUACUGAAAAUGUGCCCAGGAAGACUAGACCUAGAAAAACAACCCCACGAGAAGACUCAAGAAUAGUGUUGUUGGCAAAAAGGGAACCGUUUAACGGAUCAGAACUGAUUCGCUCAGAAAUAUUUGGUGAGGAAAGAUUGAGAGGAGUGUCUGCAAGAACGAUAAGAAGGCGAUUGUGUGAAGCAAACUUAUUCGGAAGAAUAUCUCGUAAGGUGCCACUAUUAAAGAAGGAAAACAUCCAAGCUACAUUAGUGUUUGCCAAAAAACAUGAACACUGGACAGAACGUGAGUGGAAAAAUGUACUUUAUUCUGAUGAAACGAAAAUUAAUAUGAUUACUUCUGAUGGAAAAAUGUAUGUGAUACGUCCUCCUAAAAAAGAAAUGGAUCCGAAGUACACGAAGAAAACAGUAAAACAUGGAGGCGGAAACAUUAAAGUUUGGGGUUGUUUUUCUGGUCAUGGUAUAGGACCUAUCAAGAAAAUAGAAGGGAACAUGGAUAAAUUACAGUACAAGAAUAUUUUAGAGGAAGUCAUGCUACCCUAUGCUGAGGAAAGUUUGCCGGUGGUUUGGCCUUUCCAACACGAUCAUGAUCCGAAACAUACAGCAAAAGUUGUCAAAGAAUUCCUAAGGAGCCAGUCAGUAGCUGUGUUAGAUUGGCCACCGUACAGCCCUGACAUCAACCCCAUUGAAAACUUGUGGUUCCGCGUCAAGAAAAUAGUGGCAUCAAAACGUACCACUAGCGUACACCAACUUUAUGCGGCUUUUAAAGAAGCAUGGGAACAAAUUUCAAUUGCAACUUGCAAUAAAUUGAUCGCAUCAAUGCCAAGGCGAUGUCGGGCUGUUAUUGCUGCUAAAGGACACGCGACAAAAUAUUAA